AUGGCACAAGUCAAGGCAGAACCGAGCCCAGCCAGGCCUACGCCAGCCUCUGCUGCGGACGGUGCUGUCGCGGGUCCAUCCUAUACAUCGGCAUCCAUGCGCCAGACCGAUCUGCUCUCCACCCCGACCCUCCCGCCACCGUUCGGCCCCUCGUCCGCAUACGCGCAAACAUCCCAAGCACGAAACUGGCGCUUCAGCCCCGCUGUCCUCUCGCGCACUCGCUCCGACUGCAACGCUGCCGCUCGGCGCCAGCUCGAAGCGCUCCACACCACUUCCGAUGCGCCCCCGUUCCUGUCUGUGGACGACGAGUUGGCGCUCAUCGCGUACUACCUCGUGAAAGUGGGGCAGAUCGUACACGCGCUUAAGCUACCCGAGCUCGUCGAGGCGACGGCCACCACGUUCGUGAAGCGCUUCUACCUGCGCAACUCGUGCAUGCACUUCCAUCCGAAGAACAUUGUCAUUACGUGCAUCUUCCUCGCGUCCAAGGCGGAGAACUACGCGCUGAACCUGUCCGAAUUUGCGCGCAAGCUCGCGGGCAAGCAAGCGAGCGAUGCGGGCGUGGUAGACGAGUACCGCCGCAUCGUGUUCGACCUAGAGUUUCUCAUCUCGCAGAGCUUGCUGUUCGAGUAUGCGGUCACGGGCGCGCAGAGGGCGCUGUACGGGCUGCUGCUCGACGUGCAGUCGUUGAGCGAGCCGGUGUCCAGGGAGGACCUGCACAAGCUCGCUGCGGACGCGCAUGCCAAGCUGGCCAGCUCACGGCUGACGGAUGCCGAGUUCAUCUACACGCCCUCGCAGAUCGCGCUCGCGUGUCUCCGCGCCGCCUCACCCGCCACGGGUCGACACGUCGUCUCGCAGUGGCUGGACGCCAAAGAAGCCACGGCACGCACCGCCGUCCUGCAAGCCAAGCGCCAGCGCGAAAAGACGCGCGAGCAGGAGGCCGCGCGCGCUGCCAAGGCCAAGAUCGCGCUCGCUCGACGCACAAGAGGCAAAGCAGGCGCCAAGGCGGCCGAGGACGAGCUCGCGCUCGCGUCGGCGCAACCGACACCGGUAGUGGAGUUCGACGAGGCGCUGCUCGAACAGCAGCCGCUCGGCCUGUCGAGGCUCGAGAUUGACGCGGCGCUCGACGGUGUUGAGGCGCUGAUCAACCGGCGCGAGGUGGGCGGGUAUACGGGCGAUGGCAAGGGGGCCGAGGAUCUGGAGAGGAUCAAGCAGAUCGACGUACGCCAGAAACAGUGUAUGACGCUCAUGCUCGCCGCGGAGGAGGGGGACAAGGCGCAGCGCAAGCGACAGCUCGAGGAGGGGGUCAAGGUGGAGCCGGGACAGGGGCAGGGCGAGGGCGGGAAGCGCGCGAGGAAGUCAGCUGUUGGGUUUGACGAUGACGAAGACGAGGAUUUGCCGCCAACGAGCACGGCGGAAGGGUAG